CAGCGCAUCCAAUCCAGGCCGAGUAGAUUCGGCACCACUCGUGCGUUGGCAGCCAUUGCGUCUGGCUGCUUCAUCGUCACAGUUCUGAGUUCUUUCUUGCACAGGAGCAAGUUUACCUCCACGGCGAGCAGACCACCAGCAGAACCCCGCAGCCACCAUGAACGGUAAAGCGGCUUCGACAAGCAAACUGACCCGCAGCAGUGCAACCAACAGAGACGCCAAACCUUGUGCCCGUCGCAUGGAACGCAAGCUAUCUCUACAGGCACUCAGCACAACGAGCUGCUACAGAAUUUUUCAAGACAGCCGCAGUACUGACCACCUGCAUGUGGACAGGCAUGCCAAAUGCAGGGCCGCUCCGAUGCCCCCAGGAGUUGAAGGGUGGAAUGACAGCACCAAGAUAACACCGAGCGAUCGCAAGUCCUGGGAUUGGCUGACAACUAAGAAAGGCGCGUCCACGAAGUCGACUAAAAAGGCCGAACAAAACGGUGUCCCCCAAGAGAAGACAAGGGAAACGCAUACGAGAACGACCUCGGGGCCAAGUACAACAUCCAGGCAGCUGACAGUCAAACUACCGGAUUUCUCGUUUCUAUUCAAGAUCCCCUGCUUUUCGCCGAACUGUUCUGACCCGGAAAAUCAUUUCCCAGUUUGGCCUCGGACAGCGAAAUCCAAUGACUAGCUUCGAGCUAGUUUUUUUUUUUCAUUUUUUUUUUCAAAUCGCGGUUACUUAAGCCACUAGCCGUCUUCUUUUCCAGCUUCACUAUAAAUCUGACUACGCACCCUGGAGACCUUAUACGUGUCUGGUUACCCAUUGGUGCUUUUCUGAGGCGUCGGCAUGUUUUAUCUUAACGCAUGUUUAGUGUCGGUGCAACAUGAGAUCGAUCGUGCGUUGAAACACUUGGGUCUUUAUUCAAGGCGUAAUACGCUGUCCUAUUAUCCUCGUGAACGCACGCAUGUUUUAAAAAAAAUUAGUUACUAGCACAAAGGACUAGCAAAAAAAUGUGAUAUAUUAAGUAACUUCUUACUUUAUACGUUUUUUAGACAAACUGCGUAGGACUUAAUUUGUGAUGUAAUAUAGAAACCAUGCAGCUAGUAAAUAUGAGUGCUUCCAAAAAUUUUCGUCCUACAAGGAACGCUAUUUAUCUUUGACGUUCGCGCAUUGAUUUUAGAUUACCCCGAUAAGCCUGCAGAAACGAAUGGCCGUUUGAAAGCUUUAGAGCUGAUUUUACUUUAUGACGUCAAAUUUUACAUUUUUCUUUUUUUUUUCGUUUGUGUAUGUGUUCGCGGACUUGGUGCAGCGUGUGAUAGUCGGUAAAGUUUGUUUGGUAACUUUUCAGAAUGCAAUGUUUCAGCGGUAUGCAUGCAUUGCGCAAUAUGUAGUGUUUACAACACACUGGAUGGCGUGCACGGCUAUACUAUGCAUAAUAAACACACCUACUUGUCGAGUGAUUUUAAAGAUAGUGCUAAAGAGCUUGUUUCACAGAAAUUUCGGCGGUGGCGUCGUUGGUUGUAAGCGGAAAGUCAUCUUGUGCGUGACCGAAAAAUUGAAAUAUGCAAACGAAACAAAUAAAAAAUUCUGGGUCUGAGUGAGGUUCGAACACGGAUCGUUUACGUGGCGAGCGUGUGUUGUACCCCAAAGCCGCGUACGCUUGGAAACGGUGAAUAUAUUUUUUCUCUGCUUUGAAAUGCAGUGAAAGUGACUUGCAUGCUUUACAAAAACACUCGUCCUGUAUAUACAUGCUUGAAAGUGCAACGUGUAUUAUCACUAAUAAUGCGUGGUAUAUACAAGCGUACAGCCAUCAGCACCGACGCGUGGACUCUGCUCGCUGGGGCCGAGGUCAGCGCCGCGAAGCGUUGAAAAUGGCAUCUUUGCUGCAGUUGACGAUAGGUGGAGCGAGUGUUGGUUUCACUAGCAAGUUGUUUCCAGUCUGCCUGACCGGUGGGUCGAAUGCACUCACUUGGUAUCCUGUUUUGGCCACGUUUGAAUACGCAGCUGUUGCUCAAAUGAAGGUAAAUGAAUAAAAAUCGGAGCAAACGCAUAUUCAUGGCGUUUGCAAAGGUUGCG